AUGUCGUUAAUUUUCUUCUUCUUCUUCUUCUCCCUCCCCCUCCACCACGCACUGGACCCAGAGAGUUUACUCAAUGUUGAGUACAACGUCUCGAGCCAUUCGUUCACCCGCGUGUCUGUCCUUUUGUCUAGGCAGUUGGUAGCGUACAGUCGAAACCCACCACAGGUUCUGUUGCGCAGGUUUCUUGCCCCGAGGCGGGCUUUUUUUCAAUCCCGUCCCAACCGGUUUAUCAUGAUAAAUAUGGUUGACAACGUGCCUGGGCGUACAGCCACCCUCGCCCUGUGCGACGAUGACCUGUACGUCCCGGGCUUCAAAGACACCACUCUCCAGUGGAACCAUUUCAAACGAUUCGAGCCAAUCGUGCCUGGCUCCAGGGAACUGCCCUUUGAACACGAUUACCCAAACCUUCUUCCCUUGUUCCCAAACGGCACCAAAAGAUCACACAUAGACCUGUAUCAAGUUCCCUUGGGCAAAGCCGCCACCUUACGUGCAUUCCGGACGUUGGCGAGCUAUAAUCCUGGCACCACGCCAAGGCCGCACCUUAGAUCCGCGCUGGUAACACUAAUCGUCACCUUUUGUGAAGGACACAGAUUUGACCAGCUAAACAGACGACUGAAGAACGAGUGGGACAACCCUAGACCAAUCUACAUGCUUGAAGAGGAGGCACCGUACGUUGUGCAAUGGGGCUCGCUGUCUCGUGCGCUCCAAUGGUGGGAGGAGAGUGGUCGCAAAAGGUGGACCAACAACAAAGACGACACUAGAGAAUUCGACAAGAUCCAUGCCAACAGCCCCCAGGCAGCUAGAGAUGUGCUGCUCUUCUUACAAAGGACCAGGAACUUCAAGUUACAGUGA